GGAUUUGGACCUUGGAGUCAGGGAGGGAAUCUUCAAGGAGGGCCUUACGUGGAACAUGGAGGUCAUUGGCAAGGAUAUGAAUAUCAUGAACCAAUGAUGGAUAUGGAUGGCCCUGGUCCCAGCUUCAGUCAAGGAUUUGGGAUGCCGCCUGAUUUCCCACCAAUACCUAAAAGACCCCCAUUCCACCUUGAGUUUGAGUUAUCUGAGGGUGCAAAUCAUGGAUUUGACAGAAAUGCAGGAUGGCAGAGUGAAAUUGGAAGUCCAUUCUGGGACAGAGCUGGUGGGUCACGUCAAGGCUUUCGACGACCUUUUGACCGCAGCAAUGCUAGAGGAGUUGAUGAUCACGUCUCAAAAAAAAAAAAAAGAAAGAGGAUUUUCUCAGCAGUCCAGCCGGCCCCAGUAAAGUUUGACAAGAAAAGUGUUGAAUUUACACAGACACAGCAAAAACAAACCGUGCAAGGGAGCCAACCAUCAGAAGCACAGGUUAAAGAUGCAAAGCAACAUAACGGAAAUGCAAAACAAGGGGAAGACACAAAAUUGAAGUCUAUACAGGAAGCUAAAGGUGACAAAUCAAAAAUGACUAAGAAUGAAGGGGCUAACACAAAAGUCGCUCCAGGAAAGAUGGAGCCAACAGAUGGGAAGUCAGUGAGUGAUACUUCAAGCACAACUUUUACAUGUAGGCUGUGCAAGUAUGAAACCCAAGAUGAGACUGAAGUUCAGAAACACUUUAUUUCCAAACAGCAUUUGGAGGUCAUUAGGCAUCUCUACAUCUUCCUGCCAAAACAGAGCGUGGAUUUUUUACAGAGGUAUCUUAAUUUUGAGAAAAACAAAGUGUCCCAAGAGAGGAAGAGGGAGAAUCUACAAGCUAAGAGAGACGUCUUUGAAGGUAUUGGGCAGGAACAUUUUUUCCACCGCAUUGAAGCGGCUCACUGUUUGGCAUGUGAUACCCUUAUCCCUGAUGUCCCAGAACUUCUAAUCGAACAUACAAAGUCAGAGAGUCAUACUCAAAAAUGCAAGACGUCAUCCAAGGAAAUCAAGAGCAAUUGCCUGGCAAUGGCAAAGGCAAUGCUACAGGAUGAAAAUGUCUUGAGAACGCUCAAAGUGUACAAUAAGGGAUGGAAUCCCUCCAAAGACAGAGAUUCAGUGCAAGCAAGCAGCCAUGAUGUUCUAGUUGCUGAAGAGGAUGACUAUGUGCCCACCGUUGAAGAUGUAUGUGAUGCUGACGGUGAUAAAAAUAUAGACUUUAUGCAGAAUAUGAAAGAUUCCACAACUAUUAUUGAAAAUUCUUCCUUGAACGCUUUACUUCUCAGUCAGUCGGAAGUGAUGGACAGCAACGGCUCAGACAAUGAGAAUGUUUUAAUAAUUCCUGAUAUUGAUGAAACAGAUGAGGAGGAGGCUGCUGAAGCUCCAUGA